AUGGCCAGCAGUGGCCAGCAGCGGCCAGCAUUCGAUCACGUCACCAGGACCAUCGCUAGCGUCAGCCGCGGAAGUCGGGCCCUCGCUGUGCUUUGCUGCCCUGUGGACCAAUCACAGUUGGAGGCGGCUUCCGUCGAUGAGGAUGAUGGCAGUCCGACGGAGCGAGAUGGCAUGACGGGCAUCACGCCGACUGAGACGGAUGAGCGCGGAUCGGUCCGAGGGAGCGUCAACAAGGUAUCAGAUGACGCUACCGAAAAAGCUUCUGUUGUGUCCGAAGCUGCUGCGACGUCCGUUACGGGUGCAACCUCGCAGAAUGGAUCAAAUGAACAGUUGAGCUCGCAUCCCUUAGCAUGGUUGCUAUCUCCUGCCUUACCGGCAACUCGGAACCUCCGCCGGGUGGUUGAACAGUACUUUUCUAAUGUCCAUCCUCUCCGAUGCUUCGCAUUUGUACACAAGCCGUCGUUUAUGCGCCAGCUUGACAAGGGCUUCAGCUCUGAUGAUGAGUCCGCACUUUUGCACGUCAUUUGUGCACACGGUGCAAAAUUUCUCGUUCUGAGCACUGAACCAGGCGAAGCCAACCAUCCGCCGUCAUACCUAAAGAAUGCAGGAAAUCAAUGGGCGAAAAGGGCUGAAUUUUUGAUGCUGGCCAAUUUCGGAAAGAUUUCAGUCCAAAGACUCAUGACGGCAAUUCUUCUUCAUGAUUUUCAUUUCCGACUUGGCGAAUAUGGCCAGGCGCUCAUGAUUAGCGGCCUCGCUGUCCGAAUGGCCCAUGCCCUGAAGAUAAACACCGAGUAUAACUCGGACAUUCUAUGCACCGAGGAGGAUAGUAAUGCACCCUCGGUAGCGUCAAGAGAGAGUAGACGACGACUUAUGUGGGCUUGUUAUGUCCUUGAUGCUUGGGCGGGCAGUGGUGUCGAUCAACUCACCUUGCUACGAGAGAAUGACAUUAAAAUUCAGCUUCCCAGUAACGAGCGAAACUUUGGGCUGAGGAUACCGUCUGUCACCGAGACACUCGGUGUCGGCCAUGUCUUGCAAUUUCUCCCACCCGCCAUCGUUCCGCGACGACCCGCAGCCAACAUGGGCAUCAUGGCUUACUAUAUCCGAGUUGUGACAUUGUGGAAAAGAAUAGUCCGAUAUGUCAAUCACUUACAUGCAGGACCACCUCCCUGGCAGCCAGAGUCUCUUUUCGCGGCAUUGGAUGCAGACUUGCAUUUAUGGCGAAGAGAGUUGCCAGAUUUCGUCGAGUACACCACCGAAACAAUUUAUGCACGGCUGGACUCAAACCAACUUGGUGCACUUGUGCUCAUUCACUGCACUUAUCACCAUAAUUACUUGGAACUUUUCAAGCUCACCAUGCCCGACCUCUUUAAACUUCCCAAGCCCUUCACGUUCCCUCCAGAACACCAGGAAUUCCUUCAGACAGCCCAAGCCAACGCUUAUUAUCAUGCCCAGCAAAUCGCGGAUAUACUAGCGGAAGCUGCAGAGCACGGUUCGCGACUUCUCUCAGACAGCUUGUUGCCAUUUUUUGUCUACGACAGCAGUCGCGUCAUGUUAUACUACGUUGCCCGCCUGCUGGACCCCAAUAGACCAGAUGCAGAAGUUAAGCUGAGAGAUGCGGUGAAGGCGGUGGAGAGCAACAACAGGAUUCUGGGAAUGAUGUCCGCUUUGUUUCCAAUCGCCCAGUCAUUGUCUGCAACAAUUGAGCGAUGGCUAUCCAAGGUCCAGAAAACAGUGGCUCGCGAUGACCUUUUGAGUAGUCUUGAAGCGGAUGACCAUCUUGAAUCUCACCACUCAGCUUUACCAAACAACGCGAGCGGAAAGCAGGACAAACCGGGAGACUACGAUCUCCCUCCCCUUUCUCUUCAUUCACUCGCUCGCUCCGGGACCACCGAAUCCGGUGGCUUGGAUGGUGAUGCCGCUGCACCAACCGCCAGCUGGAGCACUCAGAAUCCUCAUGCUGGAGGGCCGGCGUCCUGGGAUGGAACCAGUGCUGCGGCUCACCAGCUCGUAGGCCUCAGCCAAGAACAGUCGGUUCGAUCCAGUUUGCAGCAUGAGAGACCAGUUCCGCUCCAUCCACUUCGCAAAUUUGGGGCAACGCAACCAAUGUGUAAUGCGCUUGACCUCGACGACUUGCAAAGCUUUUUGUCCUGGGACAUGUACGGAAUCAUGGAAAUGGGCGGCUCCGUCUCCAACGAGGAUAUGGACGACUCUGUAUCGCAGUCUUGGACCGAAGCGAUUUAG